UAUGAGUGUAUGACAAAUUCUCAUAAAGUAACGAUUGAAACGGUAAUUGCUAUAUGGUAGUGUCUUCAGUGUGAAAGCACUGACUCAGAAACAGAACAGGGGAGAGAGAAAAGGUUUGAGUGUUUCCGUCACAGUGACUGCAAGACAAAUCUCAGAGCAUCUCUUCCUUUUGGUGCUUUUUGACUGUGAUUUUUGUGACGAACUCCAAAACAAACAGAGGAGGAAGAGAAAUUUAUGUCGUUUAAUCUGGAAGUGGUUGGAGCAGCACUGUUGCAGCUCUAUUUUGUUUAUGGUUUUGCUUGUUCUUGUGUGCUAAUCUGCUCAGGGUUCAUCAGAGCAUUUUCGAUGCGAUUGAGGAUAACAAGGAAUGGCUAUAAUAUUAUGGUUUGUUACGGAGACUUUCAUAUAAAAACAUUUUCUAAUCCCUUACUCUUUCUGAGAGUGUAUUAUCUCACUUGAAAUUUUGUUUCUGUUUGAUUUUUAAAAAAAUUUGAAUUUUUGGGUAUUUUGAGGGGUUUUGGAAUUUGGGGUGAUUUGAGUUUUGAGAAUUAAUUUUCACUAUGGUUGAGCCUCCUAUACCACCAGCUAAUCAGAUGAAGAAGUUGAAGAACAAGCACACUCCAUCACUCACAAGAAAGUUGUGCAUAAUCUAUGAUGAUCCUUAUGCUACUGAUUCUUCAUCUGAUGAAGAAGAGCAUUUUGAGAAGAAGCCUAGAAAAAUGAAGAGAAUGGUGCGUGAGCUUGCUCUCCCCAUUGUUUCAGCUAACAACACUGUCUCUCUUGAUGAAACCAGCAAUGAAAGUUCAAACAGCAAAGGACUGAACAAGAAGAGGGUUUUAGCCAAAACCCCUACAUUGAGGAGGCAACCUUCUUGCAAAUACAAAGGUGUUAGGAUGAGGAAAUGGGGGAAAUGGGCUGCGGAGAUUCGUGAUCCGUUUAAGGGUGUGCGCCUAUGGUUGGGAACUUACAACACUGCUGAAGAAGCUUCCCAAGCCUAUGAGAAGAAAAAGCUUGAAUUUGAAGUUAUGGCCAAGGCUCUAUCUGAUGAGAACAACAACAAGAACAAUGUUGUUGUUUCUGUUGAAAAGAAUAGCUUCAACUACUGUGUUUCUUCUGCUGCAGCUUCUAUAUCAGACUCCAAAUCUGCUACUUUGGAUGACUCAGAGAGUGACUUGUCACAUGCAUCACCAUCUUCUCAGGCUGAAUUGGAUAACACAGCUUCCAAUUUGAUUGACAUUGGAAUGGUUUCAAGCAAGGAAGCUGUUGAGACUAGUACUUUGAAGGCUGAACUUGAAAUGCCAGAUUUGAGUCUUUUGAACAUGCCAGCACCACCCCUUUGUGGUGCUGCCACUCCAUCUCAGGUUGAACUAGAUUGGUUGACAAUUGAUGGUUUCGAGAGCUAUGAUAUUGAUGAUCUUGUUGGUGGCCUUAAAGACAUCCCAAUCUGUGGUUUUGAUGGUUCAGGUGAACUUCCUGAUUUUAAUUUUGAUGACUUUGGUGCUGAUGAUGUUGCUGGUUUGAUUGAAGAAUCCCUCAAUAUACCGGUCCAAUAAAUUUUGCAACUAUGUAGUAAUGAGCUAUCCUAGAUUACUAGUACUAUAUUAGUGUGUGUUUGGAAAACUUAUGCAGAUCCAUGUUUGGCCCUGAUCCACGUUUGCAGAAGCAAGAAAUAGUUGCUUUUAUAUUUCUGGAUCCACGUUUGGCCUCUCCAGAUUUGAAACCAAACACACACUUACAAGUUUUGUGUGAUUGCUUAAGAGUUAAGAGUGCUAUAGUUUCUUGGAUCUCGAGGAUGAAUCUAAUUCUUGGAAGAGUUGUUUUGUAAGUUGAGUUUUAAUUUAUUUUGUUUCUUGAGGCAUAUGUAAGAAUACCUUGGGUUUUGUUGUGCUAUUGGAGCCGUCCAAGGAUCUCUCUAAUUAUAUUAUUAUCCAUGAAAUUUCUUUAGUUGAGUGUAGAA